AUGCUCGAUCCCACGAUUCUGCAUACUCCGAAGCCAACCUGGCUGAAAGCUCUCGAGGUAUCCACGCUUGUGAUCGUCUCACUCAUUGUCGCCUACUCCCUCGCCUCUCUCCUCUACGACCGCUUCCAGGCUCGCCGCUCGGGCCAGAUCAAGCUCCUCACCCCCAGAUCGCCACCCGUCUUACCGAGCGAUGAUGGAGAGUUUGUACAGGAAAAGCGAUUCUGGCAGACUGUGGUUCCGCUCAAAAUCGUAUUCCUCCUUCCCGUACUCGCUACAGCCGCUCUCCAAGGUCUGCGCGACUAUCACAUACUCAUCCGUGGUCCUACGGCCUGGAACUGGGUCGCCGUGGUCCUGACUUCCGGUAUUUGCGCUUACCAAGCCAUGCUCGCUCUCACCUACGCCUUCACCAAGGACAUUCCUCGCCAUGCCACUCUCACUUUUCACCUCUUCGUCAUCGCUACCACCCUUUUCCUCCAUGUCUACAUCACCAAACUCGGGCAGUACCUCGUCGACAACUCUCACGUCGUCCUCACUUGGGUCGAGUAUACUCUUUUCGGCCUGACUUUGGGCCAGAUCAUCGCGGUUGGCUCAAUCCCGUGCGAGCCAGAGCGGCACGCCGACCUCAAAAAGGUGUAUACAAAGGCUGUGGCUGCUGCCAUAGAAAAGGGAGAGAUGACCAGGGUGGCAAACGAGCUCGUCGGCCCCGACGCCACGCAGGCUAAUAUGGUCUCGGAAUACUCAUCCUCCAUCUUCUCGAGGAUGAUCCUGGGCUGGCUUCUGCCGGUAAUCUCGAAGAUGUCGAAGCUUGACCAAGCAGACAUCCAGGAUUUACCUGGACUGCACCACUUCCUGAGGGUCCAGGAUACGGCCCGAGAAGUCAAUGCAUACACGGGGCCAAAGAUAUCGGCCAAGCGAUGGGGUGUCACCAGGGCGUUCUUGUGGAAAGUCUGGGCACCACAGUGGCGGCCAGCUCUGCAAAGCCAAUUGAUCGCUAUUCUCAUCGCACCUCUUUGGUAUAUCCCGCAUAUCUCACUUCAGCGAGUCUUAUCGGCGAUUGAGACUGGCCUCGACCGCCGCAGCGCCGCAGCUUGGGCUCUGAUGCUUGUACUGGGGAAGCUGGCGCCGUCAUUGGCAAUGAUACGACAGAUCACCAUCAAACUUCUUAUGCGCAAUACGUUCGUCAAGCCCGCUCAGGAAGGUGAUGACGAGAAAAAGGUCCCGACCUCCUCUGCCGACAUCCUCAACUUGAUAUCCAUUGAUGUCGAAGCAACCGCUGAGCUGGUAUUUACCUUCUUGGGCAUUUUCAGGAAUUUGAUAGAGAUGUUGGUGGGUGCGAGCUAUGUUUGGAUCUUGCUAGGCACUUCCGGGUUGUGGGGUCUAUCCACGCUGCUCAUGACCUCCGUCCCGGCAUAUUUCAUCACCCAAUAUCAGUACAAAAUCUUCGAGAAACGCCUCGACGUGUCCGACAGGAAGACCAAACUGAUGCAGGAGGCCAUCCAGGCGAUAGGCAUGAUCAAGAUGAUGGCAGCAGAGCGGUGGUGGUACCGCAGGAUCAAGACUGUCCCGGAUGAGGAGUUCAGGCGACUGGUCCAAGCCAGAUCGCUGGGUUUCGUAUCGGGAAUGCUGUACACCGCGGCUCCUACCAUCAUUCUGGUCGUCGCAUUCACCCAUUACACGCUCAUCGCCGAGAAGACACUGACUGCUACUAUUGCCUUCACCUCCAUGGCCGUCUUUGAAGAGCUCCGCCCCACCCUUCUGAGUAUUCCGGAGAGCAUUGCCGAGGUUCUGCAGGAGAUUCUCUCCGCCAAGCGAAUCGGUGCCUUCCUCCUCACACGCGAUCUUGACCGGUUCGAAGAGAGCAUUGUGGAUUCUCCUGUACUGGACCCGCAGGCGCCUCUUUUCUUCAAGGGGACCGUAGGCUGGACUGCCGCGCCGCUCGUUACCAGCAGCACCGACUCUGUCACCUCGGUAUCCGCUGGCGACUUCCAGCUCCGAGACAUCGACCUCACUUUUGCACGCGGACAGGUCCAUCUGAUUGCCGGCAAGUUUGGAGCUGGGAAGACAUUGAUGCUGCUCGCUCUGAUGGGCGAAGCCCGCUUGUUGGAGGGGAGGAUCUCAUACGCGGUCUCAAAAACUAUGGACCCACAGCAGGACCUCUCGGAAGGCUGGCAUUUGUUAGGUACAGGUGUGGCGUAUGUGCCUCAGACGCCUUGGCUUCAGAGCCAGAGUAUUCGCGAGAAUAUCCUUUUCGGUCUCCCCCUGGACAUUGACCGGUAUCGUGCGGUGAUCUUCGCAUGCGGAUUGCUGCCGGACUUAGAGAUCUUGGAAGACUCAGACUUGACAGAGAUUGGAGAGCGGGGCAAAAUCCUAUCCGGCGGCCAAAAGGCACGAGUCAGUCUGGCUCGAGCGGUAUACUCCCGCGCCGCCACACUGCUACUCGACGAUGUCAUCUCUGCGGUCGAUGCUCAAACUUCCCAGCAUAUGCUCCAGCAUUGCUUCCAAGGACCCCUGAUGGCCGGCCGAACACUGAUCAUCGCCUCUCACGCCGUGGAAUCCCUCGCUCCCAUCGCCGAUCAGGCCAUUUUUAUUGACGCUGGUCGAGUCGUAUGGCAGGGUACAGGGCCAGACAUCUUGGCAUCCGAGCACAUGGCUCACCUCAAGACGGAAACCGCGAACUCGGUAGGCGACGAUUCCACCAGCAUUGGUGGUGACCUAUCAGAGAAGAGGCGGAGGAAUAGUCUCAUUGACAAUGCUCAAGCGUUUGAGAUCAAGGAGCACCCGCUCAAGACUCCCAGGCAGCUCAUGAUGGAGGAACACAAGGCAAAAGGGACAGUCGAUGUCAGCCACUGGCGAGAACUGAUAAGUUUCAAUGGGGGUAAGACGUUCUGGCUGGUCCUGGCUGCUCUUCUGCUCGGUACGGUGGCAGCUCCAGUAGCGGAACGAGGAGUUCUGGAAUUUUGGACAGGAGACGUCACACAGCCGGGGCAGGAUGGAGGCCGGGUCAUCUUCUGGGUGUCUCUGUAUGCAGGCGUGUCUAUCGCCAGCAUUGUUAUCAAUUCUGCUUUCGGUGUAUGGCGGUUCUUCGGUGGCCUACGAGCCAUGAAACGCGUGCACUCAGAGAUGCUGGAGACCAUGCUCCGUGCCAAAAUGAGCUUUUUUUCUCGCACGAGAGCAGGAAGUAUAGUACAGAGAUUCGGCAAAGACCUCAACGACAUACUAAGCUGCUCGGAGCUCAUUACUGAGCUCGCUGAAUCCGCCAUAGCCAUCCUUGUGGCAUUCGUCUCGGUCACCUACUACGGAGGCUGGCUGUUUGCGGGUAUGACAAUCGCCAUGUUUGUUGUGCUGUACAAGCCAAGCGUGUGGUACAGAUCGGCAGGGCGUCAGGUCAGACGCUUGGAAUCGACAAUACCGGGGCAGGUCAACGCCAUCUAUGCGGAGACCAUUGCUGGUGCGGCUGUUGUCCGAGCCUUCGGUUCCCAGUCAAUAUUCGUCAACGACCUCAUGAGGACGCUCAACAUGCGGACAAACGCGUCGAUAGUGAGGACAUAUCUUGGCAAUUGGCUAUUCAUCAAUCUCCGGGUCAUGGACGUCCUGGUCGUGGCGACUGUGCUCCUCAUCAUCCUCACCUCACCUCAUAUGACGGCAUCUUCCGCUGGAUUCAUCUUGGCAUUCGCGGGAACCAUAUCGAGCAACAUCAAUUGGGUGCUCGUUCAGUGGCGUAAUGCUGAACUUGACGCAAUCUCGGUCGAGCGCACAGCAGAGUAUCGCCGGCUCGAGAAGGAAGGCGGGACAGACUUCAUCGAAGGGAGGGACGAGGCAGAAGACACUCUUAUCCAGAGCAGACUGGCCGCCGAGUAUGAAGGCUGGCCAAGCGCCGGCCGGCUUGAGAUCGACGAGAUGUCUGCCAGGUACGGUCCAGACAUGCCAGAGAUCUUGCACAAGAUCACAUUCACGGUCGAAGGCGGUCAGAGAGUGGGGAUCGUUGGAGCUACUGGGGGUGGCAAAAGUACGCUGGCAAAGGCGCUUUUCAGUUUUGUGGACGUCUGUCAUGGCAGUAUCAGGAUAGACGGCAGAGAUAUCGCCACCAUCCCGCUGCAACAGCUCCGUUCGAAACUGGAUAUCAUUGCACAGGACCCCAUUCUCCUCUCCGAUACCCUCCGAGUCCAGCUCGUCAACAAAACGCCCAAGGCCUUGGCUACCGAUCUGGCUCUGAGCGAAGAUGCCUCGGAGCGCUCGGAUUGGGCUGCGCCACGCAGUCCAAAUUCCUCCGCAGCCACAAUCGUGGGUACUUCGGAGGAGAAUGUCAACAUUUUCUCAAAUCUCGACUAUGAGAUCAAGUCAGGUGGUGAAAAUUUGUCGGCAGGUCAGAAACAGCUCGUCGUACUCGCUCGCGCCCUCCUCAGGCGACAUAAGAUUCUGGUGCUGGAUGAAGCGACCGCCAGCAUCGACUCUGCCACAGACGCUGAGAUCUCGCGCGUCGUCCAUGAGGAGUUCAAGGGCGCUACAGUUCUCAUAAUUGCUCAUCGCUUGAGGACAAUCAUGCCCUGCCCCAAGAUACUUGUCAUGGACAAAGGAAAUCUCGUACAGGAAGGCUCCCCACUUGACCUUAUCCGGCAAAACGGCAAAUUCCACGAGCUGUGCAUGGCUGGCGGGGCGGACGAGUAUCGACACCUUGUCGAUAUGGCCGAGCUGGAGGCGAAAAAGAAUCAGCUUGUAGACGUCAGCGCGUAG